AUGCUGUCAAAUCCAACCAAAACCCUUCACAAUCGCCAACGACAACACCGACGACAAAACUCGACACCCACGGCAUUCGAACCUGUGAAGACAAACAACCUGCCCAACAUACACCAGAAACAUGGCGCACACCGACGCGGCAUGAGCCUGGAUCAACGACGACGACCUACACCCCCGCAGGAUGUAACGCAUAUAUUGCGAGAAACGCAGCAGCAGAGACUGGUACGCCCGGGCCAGCAUUUCAGCUUAGACAAUGAUGAGAACUACCUCAGUUCACCAGCCAUCACACCUCAAAGACAAUCAUUCGAUACCGGAUACAUUAACUAUGGAGAGCGAGUACAACCUCAACCACAGUACAACUGUUCUGGACCAAUUGAAGGACUUACGUAUGUCGACCCCAAUAACUUUACGGGGGCCAACGACUUUCACCUAUUCGGGGCGGACGGGCAAUUGACCCCCUCAGCAUAUUUGGAUUUUUCUACAGCCUUCGACAGCGUUGCUAGCAUGUCCAACGGAAAUACUGAGAGUAGAAGGUCCUCCGCUGGAAGGAGGAUCAGUGGCGGAAUUCUCGACAGAGUAGCUCAAUUCGAGAAUAUGGCCAUGCAAUCCUCGCAAAGACCCAUUACACCCCCAAACCAGAAUGUUUCAAAUUACUUCCCUCCUACACCAAUGGACACACCUCAUAACAGAAUGGUCAAGCAAGAGCAGAUGAACCAACGUUUCAUGGAUUCUUACGAUACUUCCAUGGAAGAGACAAUCAAGCCAAAAACCAGCCAGAGGGCCAGAGGAGUUUUCGAGGACAUGCGGAGAGAAGCAGAGAUGCACUCAGGCCCAAGUCCUCCUCACGAUGGCCUAAUGUCGAUGGCUAGUAACUUCGAUUCUGCUCCUAUGCCUACCGGAAAUUUUAUGAACAUGUCUAAUUUGGAUAUGGAAUUUUUGAAGAACGAGUCUCAAUUCCAAGAUCAGCAGUACUCACCCGUCAUUGCAGACCCAUCGCCAGCACUUUCAUACAACUCAUCUCCAGAAAUUACUCAAAGGACAAUCAGAGGAGACCCCUUUCGCAACGCACCGUCUUUGGGUGCUCCUGCCAUGAGUUAUGCUGAAGCUCCAGCUGCCCAUAACCAGUCAAUUCCUGAGUCGCCAUCAUCUCGCUCAUCACACCGAAGAUCUGAAUCUGUUGACAGCAUCAAUAUUGACGAAACAAUCACGGACACUGGAAUUACCAUUGAUGAUAUUGCCACCUAUAUCCAAGGGCCAGACCUACUUGAUGGUAAAUGGAUGUGUUUAUACCCUGACUGCUGCAAGCGAUUUGGUCGCAAGGAAAACAUCAAGUCGCAUGUUCAAACACAUCUGGGCGAUAGGCAAUUCCAAUGCCCUCAUUGUCAGAAAUGCUUCGUCCGCCAACACGAUUUAAAACGGCACGCAAAAAUACAUAGCGGAGUGAAGCCAUACCCUUGCCAGUGUGGUAACAGCUUUGCUCGGCAUGAUGCGCUUACACGGCAUAGACAAAGAGGAAUGUGUAUUGGCGCUUUCGACGGCGUAGUGAAGAAAACUGUGAAACGAGGACGACCACGUAAAGCCAGACCUGAUGACGAAGACAGGCUUCAAAAAUCCUCGCGGACUCGCAGCAAGAACAAGGCAAUGUCUUCCGCCUCAUCAUCAUCAGGCAGUUCUGAUAGUACAAGUGGUCACUCACCAAGAAGCGAGAUUGAUAUCCUGGAUGACAAAUUGUUUGGCAAUUUUCAGUAUCCGCAAGUUGCGUCAAGUUCUCACCCAGGACAAACCGACUAUCAAGGCCACUCGCCUACGGCCGAAAUCGGAAUUUCACCCAGUGCGAUGCAGAAUGCAGCCUCACCAGAGGCGUACAGCUCUCGGUCCAAUUACUCGCGCAACAAUUCUGUCUCUGACCAUCAACCAUCUCUGCCUGGAUCACCAGCACAUAGUCAGCACAGCCAAUAUCAUUCCCCGCCGGGGCUAUGUGAAUCAUCUUCGUCACCUGCUCCAAGCCAUUACUAUGACAUGGAAAACAUCUCAAACCAUGGAGAUGUAUUACACUCCUUGUCACUAGCCAACAUUUCCGAGCACGAGGACGAGAUGUUUUUGGAAGCGUUUGCCUCUGCUGGUUCUACCGACAUGAGUCAACUGGAGCGAGAUCCGGAUCUUCUUCUAAGCAAAUUUGAUGACGACUUCGUCAAUUCAAAUGGUGGGGACCUCUUCAGAGAUGAAGCCGAUGUGUUCUUUGGCAGCCCAUAA